AGAUAUCAGAGCCUGGCUACUUGGGAGAGAACCUCAGUUUCAAGCAGCGUGUUUCCGAGAAUAAAAUAUGUAAAGAAAGCGAACAUGUAAAGAAAAUACUAGAGACUCUGCCGGAAGUUUCUGUAUCCUCCAUCACGAUGGAGUCGUCAGCCACAGAGAUUCCAUACCAAGUUCGGAAGCUACCUUUGGAAAAGGCUCUGCUUUUCACGCAGAAGGUCCCAACCUGGAAGAACGACAUGUCCAAAAAGGAAAGGGAACAAGACCGCGCUUACCUCAAGAGACUCGAUGCCCAGCACAGCUUCCUGAGGAAUCCUCGCUUUUUCCUGCCGAACUCGCUUCAUGGGGGCAAGUCCCUGAUUUUGCCACAGAAGAAGGUGCAGCGCAUAAUAGCAGGAAAACAAAGGACCGUAGUGGAAAGCAGUUCUGACGCCGUUCCUAUCUUUCUGUCAAAUCCUCCAGCUGUUUUGUUUUCUGAGUAUGAAGUUGGCCAAGUUUAUGAGAUGACAGUUGAGUUACAGAACAUGACUUCCACGUCUCAGAAUUUUAGAAUCAUCCCUCCGGCCACGGCCACCUUCGCCAUUGGGCUGGGGAAAUUCCCAGGAGAAGGUGGGAUCGUCGCCCCCGGGAUGAGUUGCUACUACACCGUCCAGUUUAUCCCCGAUCAUCUGGCAAAUUAUGAGGAUUACAUAAUGGUCGAGACGCAGUCCCCGUACCCACUCCUGGUCCCCUUGGAGGCUAGAAGACCGCCUCCGAUCUUAACCUUGCCUCCGGUCUUAGACUGCGGAGCCUGCCUGGUGGGCGGAAUCAAGUUCUCGGAGUUCCUGUGCAAAAACGAAGGGUGCAGCAGCGGGAAGUUUUGCAUCAUGCCCAAGGGGAUGUGGCCCCCUCCUCAGUUCCGGGCUGUUGCCACGUUUGGUUUUGUGGAGCAAGAACCAUUUGGGAUCCAACCUGCUAUUUUUGAGCUGUUUCCAGGCCAUUCUAUAGUAAUUGAGACGGCGUUCUUUCCCAGUUUCCCUGGAGUGGCAUCGGUGACGUACACCAUCGUCUGUGACAACUGCCAGAUCAACGAAAUCACCGUGUCAGGACUUGGGCAGCUGGUAUGUCUGAAGCUCUUAUCCGUCUCCGGCGGAGAAGGCACCGUUACCCCCGGAGAGCUCGUGGACGUGACGUCGCAGCACUUUGUACGCUUCGAUCCUCUGAACCCCUAUUCCAUGUCAGAGAAAACGCUGGUGAUAAGAAAUGUGACCCAUGUGGACCUUCCGUUUUUCUGGCAGAUCAUAAAGCCUAACCUGCAGCCCGUCGUGUUGGAAGGAGAUCUGGACCUUACAAAGAUCAAAUACAACUUGGAGACAGACCUGGCGUUCUCUGUCACUCCCGCCAUGGGAGUCCUGCAGCCUCACGCCGAUCACACAUUUACUCUCCGUUACUUUCCCCAAAAGCUGAAGGCAUAUCACAGCGUGCUUCAGAUUGUGCUGGAGAGCAUCCCAGAACCACCUAGUCUGCAGAAACAUAAGGAACGUCAGGAGUACGGAGAAAUCCGAGAAGAGGACGUGAUUGCCGUGGAGAUCGAUGUGAAGGGGCAGACGGAGCCCUUCCAGCUCCUUUUAGACCCCUACUCCAUCAUCAUCCCGGGAGAGCACUACAUUGGCGUGAAUAUCAGGAGAAGCUUUCGGAUGCAUAACAACAGCAAGUCAUCAGUCACGUUUGCAUGGGGGAAGACCAGCGACUGUGACAUAAUUGAAGUUGUACCUUAUACGGGAGAGUUAGAGCCAAAUGAAUUCCAGGAGUUUGAGUUCAUUAUUACUGGAGGGAAACCUGGACAUUCCGUUCAUGAGCUGCCCUGUAAUGUCAGCCGCUGCCCAGAGCCGGUUAUCUUACACGUGGAAGCUGAUUUUAAGGGGCCUCUUCUCUCCGUCGAUGUCCCGACACUCAAUUUGGGCCUGGUUAAGCUAGGAGAAGUGGUCUUGUGCAAGUUUGAGAUAACCAACCUCAGCCAGCUGCCGGGAAGGUGGAAAAUGCAGGAAUGUCCUGCUAAUCUUGCUGAAAGGAACGAAGAGGCCUCUCCAUUCACAAUCGAACCACCUAGCGGAGAACUGGGACCCCUCGGCAGCUGCACCGUGUCCGUUUUGUUCAGAUCCUACGUCUGUCAGAGUCUUCAGACCGUGUUAGAGCUGGAAGUGGAAAACGGGAAGGGAAGUCAUAUCCCUGUGUUUGCGGAAGUCCAAACACCCCGCGUGUGCCUCCUGUCGAGCAGUCUACACUUCGACGAGCUCUUCCCUGGAAUUCCAGUGAAAGCAACGGUCAAGCUUUUUAACCAGAUGCUGCUGCCCGCACACUACGAAUGGGGGGAGCUCCUCGGAAGCCAGUCCCCUUCCUGUUGGGUUACCAUCUUUCCAGAAAGCGGCAUCUUGGCUCCAAACGAAGAGAAGGAACUUUGUGUGGAACUAAUUGCUGACACUAAGGACGAACUGCGCGACCUCACCGUCUGCUGCAGGAUUAGAGAUAUGCUGGAGCCGCUCGUUCUGUCUAUUUCCGGUCAAGUAAAGGGGCUGCACGUCACAUAUGCCAUACCUUUGGAUGGAAAAGAGAGUGACCGGGAGCAGCCGUCAGAGUCCUCUCCGGAACUCCUGCUGGACUUUGGGUCAGAGGUGCCCCUGAAGAGCGUGGUGAAACGCCAGCUCAUAAUCGCCAGCCACUCUGCGAUAGACACAUCGUUCACCAUCGAGGCUGGCUAUUUCAGCUGUGGUCCGCCUCCCCCAGAGGAACCGGAACUUGAUGUUGUGGACCUGGUCAUGGAAAAGACGAGGCGAAUAACAAGGCAGACUGCAAAGAGAAGGCAAUCUGCCUUCAGAGCUGCCAUGCUGUCUCACAGGAAGGGGGUGGCGUUCCACGUGCACCCCUCCGCCGGAACCCUGGAGGGCUUCCAGGAACUCACUGUAGAAAUCACGGCCUAUAGCGAUAUGUGGGGAGAAUACCGGGACGAUCUCGUCUGUAAGGUUGGAGAUUUAGAGCCCAAGUCGAUCCCGAUGAAGAUAGCCGUGAAAGGCUGCCCCAUCUUUUUGCAGAUGACGGGACCAAACCAUCCACUGCAGACCCCCGUAGUCAGGUUCGGGGCCCACCUCUCUGGAGGGGAUACGGUCUCGCGCUCCAUCCGACUCAACAACCCCACGCCCUUCGAUAUCCGCAUGGACUGGGAGAGCUACAAUCAGGACAAAGACGACGACAAACUGGUGGACCUCCUGGUGUUCUACGGAGCCCCUUUCCCAAUUAAAGACAUGGACGGCAACGAGAUCGAGUCCCUCUGUGAGGAGACGACACCUACGGAUCAGGCAUCGUACAGUGCCAGCAUCCUGAAACUCUCCUGGGUCUGUUUGCCAUAGAACCUGAACACAAUCUUCGAGGACGACGAAGACGGAAGCAGUUCCAGUACCGAAGAGCUGUUGCCCUCGCCAAAAAUAAUAUCUGUCGUCAUCCGACCGCACGAGGGAGUCCCCUCAGACUACCCUUUCUGCAUCACCCCCAAGCAGAUAGUCAUCCCUGCAGGGGGCGCUGCAUCCAUCCACAUAUCCUUCACUCCACUGAUCCUGCCGGAGAUCAUUAAUAAGUUUGAGUGUGAAGCUUUCGCCCUCGGCUUCAUGAGCCUGGAUAGCAAGCUUGUCAACAUCCUUCUUGAACUGCAGUGUCCAAAACUGAACACAGCACUCCAA